AUGUAUGUUACAAAGCGUUUGACUGAAUACCAGAGAAACCCAUCUGAGCUAACAGUGCAAGCACAUGGUCCAAACUCAGGCGUGUUGGUGAUCCAAGACGAAGAGUCACAGCCCAAGUGUUGCUUUGGGAAAUGUUUUGACUGUGAUCUUCACGGUCUGCCGUUUCCUCAGAACGCAAAACUCACCGUCAAGUACCAAAUAGGACGAGGAGAUGACAGGAUUGUCCUGCUUGACUCGGUUGCGUUCAUUCCUGUUCUUCAUCAACCUCCUUCCUCAAAUCUUUACUAUGUUAUAAGGCGACGUGGGAAACACACAGGAGAAGCAUGUGUUAGUUCAAAAGAAGGAGACAGAGCUCCUUGUUGCUUUUGCUUCUCUUAUAUCCCCAACGCUACGCCAAGGCCUCUAGAUCCUUAUGACAUAUACCAACAGUUUGAGAUUCAUCAAAGAGGAUCAUCAACCAGUAAGUUCUUCGCCACAUCUGUUGCUUCAGACGGCAUACCACCACGGUUCCUGAGGAGGAAAGGCUGGACGGUUCCUUUCUCAUCUUCUGAAGACUUUGGUUUGGUUGAUGAUGCAAAGGGAGUUGUAGAUGCAAAGAUUCGUUACGAGCUUCCUGAUCUUGAUAAGAGCGUUGUAGUUGGGAAAUGGUAUGUUCCGUUCUUGUUUGUAAAGGAAGGAGAUGGAAAAGAUCAGAUGAAAAGUAACAUGUAUUACAGCAUGACACUUCACCAAAGAUUUGAAGAGGUUUUCUUAUACGAAAACGUUGAGAAUAAUCAGUUUGAAGCUGUGGUUGAUGUGGAGGUGGAAACAGAAGUGGUCAAGCUUGGAGGAGAGAAGAAGAUUGCAAGAGAGUCAAAAGUUGUGGACUCAGAUAAAGUUGUCUGGUUUAGUGUCUCAGGGACAGAGGAGAAGAUAGGUCUUGGCUCUGUGGUCUUGGAGCAGAUGAAAUGGGAAGAGGAGAGGUUUGGCUGGUCUAAGAUAACGUCUAGCAUUAAGAGAUCAGAGAGGUUUGAAGGCGGUGGACCGUAUUGGAAGAGUUACCGAUGUUAUGUGUUGGUAGAGAGCUUUGAGUUGAGGAGAAUUGAUGGGAGCUGCUUGUUGACAUAUGAGUUUAAACAUGUUGAUAAGUUGAAGAGCAAGUGGAAUUGA